ACUCUUGAAUCAGUACAUUACGAAUCGACGGGAAGGAAGUACGAUGUUUCGUUUCGGUUUACGCGGCAAAUUGAUCGCCGUCGAUAGCUUCGAAAAGUGCAUCGAAACGUUGAAUAUAAGGGAAUCGUCGGGAUUUACGACGAUUACGAAGGUAAACUCGAGCCGCGGCGCUACGGGGCCGCGUUCGAGAUGUUUGAUCGAUUCCGAACCGCGGACGAACGGGAGCGAAGGUUGUCGUUCGUUGUCGACACAAACGCCGGCGCCAGAGCCAAGGAAGACUUGCCUGUACGACCUUCACGUGGAAAAUCGAGGUAAGAUCGUCAACUUUGCCGGAUGGCUACUCCCAGUUCAGUAUCAAGAUGCAAUAGCAGCGUCCCAUCAGCACACGAGGACGUACGCUUCGUUGUUCGACGUUGGUCACAUGAUGCAGACGCGAGUUUCCGGUAGUAACGCUACCGAGUUUUUGGAGUCCCUGACCACCAGCGACCUGAAGAAUUUGGAAAAAGGUUGCGCGGUACUGACAGUGUUCACCAACGAAAACGGAGGCAUUCAGGACGAUCUAAUUAUUACGAAGGACGAUGACAACAAGUACUUCGUAGUGUCUAAUGCUGGAAGAAGGGACCAGGACUCGCAGUUGCUCUUACAACAGCAGAAAGACUUCGAGUCCCAAGGGAAGUCCGUGUACCUUGAGUUCCUGGAUCCUUUGGAGCAAGGCCUCGUUGCGCUGCAAGGGCCCACUGCAACGGGAGUUCUUCAAUCGUUGAUAAAGAUCAACCUGAAAGAUCUGAGAUUCAUGAACAGCGUGGAAACCGAUCUAUUCGGGAGUCGAAUCAGAGUGUCUCGUUGUGGAUACACGGGAGAGGAUGGUUUCGAGAUCUCUAUGCCAGCUGGGAUCGCUAAGAGCCUGACUCAGAAGCUCAUGGAGACGGGUGACACGAAAUUAGCGGGUCUUGGCGCAAGGGAUAGUUUGAGGCUAGAAGCUGGUCUUUGCCUGUAUGGACAAGACAUCGACGAGGAUACCACUCCGGUUGAGGCGGGACUUACUUGGUUAGUGGGUAAAAGAAGAAGGGCUGAGGCAAACUUUCCUGGCGCUGACACGAUAUUGUCACAGAUCAAAUCAGGUAUCAAGAAGAAACGAAUAGGUUUGAUGCUAGGACAAACUCCGUCGGUCAGAGCAGGAGCGGCUAUAAUGACGCCUGGAGGUGAACGUGUGGGAAAAAUCACUUCCGGUGGACCCAGCCCGACCCUUGGACGACCCAUUGCCAUGGGGUACGUGCCCCCAGAAUUGGCCCACAGCGGUGACGGGGUACUGGUCGAGAUUCGAGGGAAGACUUACAAAGCUACAGUGACGAAGAUGCCUUUCGUGAAGACGAACUAUUACACAGCAAAAUAAUAAAUGACCUUCGAUAACCUUCGAAUGACCUUGAACGCCAAAAGUUUAAUGAAAUCGAAUGACAAUAUUAAAAUGCUAUGUAAACACACUGGUUAUGUUAUAAACGAAUAAUCAGGCAUGAAUUUUUGUCAUACCUCAGGCAUGUAUUGUGUCCAAGCGAGGUCCUUAGUUUUAAUGUAAUACAGGAUGGGUGGAAAAUCGUAGUACAACCGACUAGGGAGCAAUUCUGCCUAAAAAAUAAGGAAAAAAUUUAGUAUAUAGUUUUUUUCCCCAUACGAGGCUUUAUUU